ACGCAGAGUGGAGCAGACGCCAGCAGCCACACAAACACGCUCCCCUCUCAGUUACAUGCACAGUCACACACAUACCACACCACCACCACCACCGCCGCUGCUGCCACCACCACCACUACUCACACACAGACACGGUGACGGCUGCCAGGCUCAGUGGGAAGCAAACCGUCAGGGAAAGAGCCUGAGAAGAAAGAGAGGGAUCGCCGAGGGGAAGAGAAGAAGAGAGAAAAGUGUUGGAGGGGCACCUUGUGGAUCAGAGGGGAUUUUCCUUUUUUUUGUGAGAGUGUGUCUGGAUAAGGCUAUCUGCCUUUUACCAAGGCUUUUUCCUCUUUGCUCAUCCUCAGUGAAAGACUCCAGCGAUAUCUACCUAUCUAUCCCUGGAGCUUAACAAAAGAGGGAGGGAGGGAGAGAAAGAAAAAAAAAACAGUCACAGCUGCAGCUCCAGACCACCUCUUCUCCUCAUCUCCUCUUCUUCCUCCUCCUCCUGUUGUCUCUCCGGUUCCACAUCCAUGUGUGAGUUCAUCGCUGAUUCCAGCGUCUUUUGGGGAUAGAGCAAGAAGGACGCCGUGUGUUCUUCGGGAUACAGCUGAGCUCCCGUUGGGAUCAGACUCCUCGUUUGAUUUAAGAGGGGAAAAGAAGCAGGAGGGAAGCGGAUAAAACGGAUAAAACAACAAAAGAGACAGAACGAGGGAAAGAGAGAGAGAGACAUUGGAUGACAAAUUGAGGGGCAUGUUCAGGGCACCGGAGAAGACGAGUGAGUCUAAUUUCUAGACCACACAGUGUCCAGAACCGGCAAGCAGAACGCAGCCAUUCAUGCCACAUCCUCCUCCUCUUCCAUCUCCUCUUACCCACUUUAUGUCCUCCGCUUCAGUUUUCCCUUAUUGUUCCCACUUUUGCUAACAUCCUUCUAAAUCUUGCCCUCCUAACCUCACACAUCCACCUCCCCAACCUCUCUCUUCUGCUACCCUGGCUUCGCACUUUUCAAACCCUUAAAAAACCAGCUCCCUUCAAGCUGCAAUCAGACGGAAAUCCCAUGCACAGUCUAUCCUCUAGUUAGUCCUGUCUGCUGUGCAUCUAACACCAGCAAGAGAAGAACAUUUUCUCUGUACCCACUCUUGGAACAGCCCCCCCUUCCCCCUGAAGGAUACUGGCCAGUGGUUGGAAGUGAUCGUACCCCAUCUGUGAGCUUCUAUCUCCAGCCUCCAGGACCUUCAGUUGGAUUCUAGCUACAUGGGAAAACGUUUGGAGCAGCAGCCAAUGUACCCCCACUACACCUACUACUACCCCCACUAUCUCCAGACGAAGCAGUCCUAUGCUCCUCCUCCUCAGCCUAUGGCUCCACCCAGUCCAGGCACGACAGGAGGAGGGGGUGGAGGUCAUGGAGGAGGGCUAGUGGAGCAACUUAGUAAGACCAACCUGUACAUCAGGGGCCUGCCACCCGCCACCACAGACCAGGACCUCAUCAAACUCUGUCAGCCAUAUGGGAAGAUUGUGUCAACAAAGGCCAUCUUGGACAAAAACACUAAUCAGUGCAAAGGCUAUGGCUUUGUGGAUUUUGACAGCCCUGCGGCAGCCCAGAAGGCGGUGGCCUCACUCAAAGCCAGUGGAGUCCAGGCACAGAUGGCAAAACAACAGGAGCAGGACCCCACCAACCUCUACAUAUCCAACCUGCCUGUGUCAAUGGAUGAGCAGGAGCUGGAAAACAUGCUGAAGCCCUUUGGUCAUGUUAUUUCCACGCGGAUACUGAGGGAUGCCAACGGUUUGAGCAGAGGAGUCGGUUUUGCCAGGAUGGAGUCGACGGAGAAGUGUGAUGUGGUAAUUCAAAAUUUCAACGGCAAAUUUUUGAAAACCCCUCCAGGCAUGACAGCGCCUGCAGAGCCUUUGUUGUGCAAGUUUGCUGAUGGAGGCCAGAAGAAGAGGCAGAGCCAGGUUAAAUAUCCCCAGAAUGGACGACCAUGGACAAGAGAAGGAGAGAGUGGCAUGGCGUUAACCUACGACCCCACAGCAAUGCAGAAUGGGUUCUACUCUUCACCCUAUAGCAUCUCCACCAAUCGGAUGAUUGCACAGACAUCAAUCACACCCUUCAUCGCUGCUUCUCCUGUCUCCACAUAUCAGGUCCAGAGUACAUCAUGGAUGCCACAUCAACAGUAUGUUAUGCAACCUACAGGUGCUGUGAUCUCCCCAGCCACGGCCAUAGAGCCCAGCUUGUCUCUUCACCCAUCCAGCGUCAUGGCUCCUCUCACCCAGCAGAUGAACCACCUCUCUCUGGGCCCUACAGGCGCCUACAUCUCUGCUGCAGCGGCUGCUCCUAUGCAAGGAACCUACAUUCCCCAGUACACUGCAGUGCCUGCCUCUGCCAUUACAGUGGAUGGUGUGGUGACAGACCCAUCUCCACAGACAACUGCCCCCUCCUCACAGGACGCCAGCGGGCAGCAGCCUUUAUCAGUGGAGAGUUCAGCAGAUCAUGCCACAGCCUACUCCUACCAGCAGACCAAGUAACGAAACUGGUAGGAACCGUUGCUGCAUUGCCUUUAGAAGGACUGCACGAAGGAGCUGGAGACGGAGAAUCAAACCCCGACAGAGGACAAAAACACAGCAGUCACGUGGACAUCACAGACAGGAGGAUGCUUCCACUGUGCACAGGAACCAAAUAAACCAAGAAAAAAAAUCAAUUAUCCUUCAUAGCUGUUUGAACCAAGACAAAGACAGCUAGAAAAAUAAAGAAUGUUUGUUGAACUACAAGACAAUGGAAUCAAUCACAGUCCAAGACUGAUAAGAUCAUUUUUCACCUUAAGACUGGACUUUCCCCUCUGGAGGGUUAAAAAAAAACUAUAUAAAAGACUAAAAUCAAAACUCAACCAACUGUACAGAAAAAAAGAAAACAUUUGAAUGUGCAGGUAGUAUUUUUGACUUUUUUAUCUAAAAAUAAAGGAAGCAAUGUCUCGGAGAAAACACACUGUCUUCCUCUGAAAUGAAGCUCUGUUCUUUUCAUUCUUUUAUUAUUUGUGUAGUGUUUUAGAAAAUCAAUGUUUGAUUAAAUUCUUAUUGCCUUAAUUUCUCAGACUUUGGGAAAAAAAAGACUUCAUCGUGGUAAAUUCUUUUUAAAAAAAAUGAUUGGAGGUGUUUUGGGAGCCUUAGAGAGGAAAUCUGCAAAGCUAUCUGUACAGGUUUAAAAAAAAAAAAAAAGAAAACUUAUUGCAUUUGUAUGAAAAUGAAAAGUGGUGACGUGCAAAAAAAAAAAAAUGUCAAUGGAUUAGAUGAACAAAAAAAAAUCUUAUUGUGACUUGUUGAAAGAGUUAAUCCACAGCUUCCUGAGCAGUGUGGUAGGGUGUAACGGUGGGAUCAAAUCUCAGUUUCUCUGCCACAUUGUGUUGUUUUCAGAUUCUUUUUUUUGGGGGGGGGAGUGGAUUUCAUUGCAGUCGAAAUAUACAUAUUUGUGUGCUUUGUUUAUCUCACAACAUAAAGAAAAGAAAAACUUCAUUGACGACCAAAUAAAAAAAAAACAGAUAGGGUUUAUAAAUGUGUGAUAAGCAAUAGUUUCAGUAAAGCUGUUGACAGUUUCUUGAGUCUUCUUAAUGGUUGAACAAGCGCUGGCGGCGGAUGGCAUAUUUUAUACCAAAGAUGAAGAAAUCAUGUAGAGGAGAGGUCGUCCUUGUCGUUUUUUCACCUUUUGACCUUUAAAAGGUCAAUGCAUUCUUGCUUAUCAUGGUUUUAGUGUAUAAGAUCCCCGAACUCAGCUUGUGAGAUUAAAAAAAAACAUGCAGUACGUUUUUAACACAAUUGCCUCAACCAGAAGAGAAGCUUAGUUUGUCAUAUUAAUGAUGGCAAAUUGUAUUAAUGAUGAUUAGAGAAACAGUUUCCUCUGCAGACUAGUGGUUUGUAAUAUUAUCAACUGUCCGCAUUCUCGUCAAGUUGAGAUGUGGAUAUUUGUAACGCUUUUGUAAAAUACUACAAAUUUAAAUAUUGCUAUUUGAAAUAAAAAUUCAAAGUUACACCGAAAAACGUUGUUCUUUUAAAGUGUGGUACUGUGGGGUAGUUAUACGCUGACAGCACCUUACCUGCAGAAGACAGUGGCCAAAAUUUAGAUUAAAUAAGAAAAAGAUUUGUGUUAGAAUAAAUAAGGCAAACUGAGUCCUUUCAUAUUUAUAUAAAGUUUUACAAUUACAGCUAAACAUUACUUGGUACUAUGGUAUUAGCUGCUAAAAAAAUCAUUUUCACCAGAGGUUGUACUGUUGAUUUUGGGGGGGGGUUUUUGUUUUGUUUUUUUGUUUUUGUGUGUGAGUGAAAUCUCUAGAUUCUGAUUAGCAUCAUUUUUUUAUUGCAACUUCUCCCAAUUCUCCAAACUGAGAUUACUCUCACUGUUGUCUACUGCAGUUAAGGUACUGCCUACACAUAAGUACCACUCAUAACCCCUCUUCAACAAACAACAAACUUGUGCUGUAAUCAAACUGUCUUGCCAAACAGAUGUAAUUUGUAAAGAUCAGUGACCUCUGUAAAACGAAAGGGCACUUUUGCAGAACAAAACCAUUUCAGCUUAUGAAUACUCUUCUACAAGGGCAAUAUUUUUCUGCUACUUUUUUUUUCUUUUUAAUGUCUUUUUGACAUUUACCUAUAUUUGAGCUGCUAAACACUUUUCAGUAUGGAGGAAAGGGGUUCUCUUAUGUUUUGUAUGUGUGUGUGUUGGGAGAGGGGGGGGGCACGCCAUGAGAGUUACAGCAACUGAUCAUUUUAAGGCAGAAUGAAGAAAAACUAAAGUAUUGUUCUGAGUACGAGUGCAUCAGAUGGAAUCAAAGCAGGAACAAAGGUGUACAUGUUGCGGUUCACACUGGUUCUGAGUCCACAUCUUCAAAGACAUCCCCCCUCCCCCCCACCCAAACAUCACUCUGGAAGGAGGUUAAAAGACAAGAUGGACAGAGAAAAAGUGAUUCAACCAAAACUAAGCAAACACAAACUUCUCAUGGAAAAUAAACUUUGAUAAGCAAAGGAGGUGGCUGAGAAAACAAAGGAGA